AUGCUGUGCACCAGAAUAAAUCCGCAUCCUCAGCUGGAUCUGGAGAAAUGGCUGGCAGUGUCAGUCCCAAAAAAGAACAGCAGCAGUCUAAUCCGAGAGAUAUCUAAAUACUUCCAAAACAAGCCAGGGUUUCUUAAAAGAAUAAAGCCAGAGAAUGACAGCUUGUGUGUUCUCCUAUGUAAGGAAGCUGACUAUUUAGACAGUGCAAACUCGCACAAACAAUUUAUAGAGUCGCUUGGGGUUGAUACAGAAACUCUAUUCCCAGCGUACAUUCCAAUAAAAGAACCUAAAACAGAAGUUGAAAUAAAUGCAGCAAUUAAGCAAUGGCCCUGCUCGGUAAAAGUAGGAGCGCCUGAAACAACAGAGGUGCCUCACUAUAUUCAGAGGCUAGUUACCACACAAAGCAAAAAACAGGAGGCAUGCGCAGUUUCAGCAACCAUUUUGGAGGAUACUGAGUUCAGUGGCUCGCAUGCACACACAAUAUUUGCAAAUACAGACACGCCGGAUAGCUUUUUCCAGCACUCAGUAAUACGAAUGGUUAAGACAAUCUCAAGGAGUACAUCAGACUACCUAUGCACAGGGCGCACCGUGAUACUAUCAAGCGAGCCAUGCCUUGUGUGUGGGAUGGCCUUGGUUCAUGGGCGCGUGAAAAGAGUAUACAUAGCAGGAAUAGAGUCGCCUGAUGGGCCAUACACCAAGCAAAGCAUACACCAAAAUUCAGCGCUGAACCAUAGAAUAGAUGUAUAUAUGAUAAAUGGCACGCCUUAG